UAGACUGUCUAUCUGUCGAAGUAAUAAAUGCGUUCAGCCAACCCAAUCUCCCGAAACUUCCACACUCAAAGACACGCGCUCUCUUCCUCGACCUUUAAAAACUAAAAUCUUUGCAUGCAAAUUGCAUACACAACAGAAAUUAUUACCCUGCCCUUUACAAUUCUUCUCCUAUUAGACAAAGCAUUAUUGUUUAGCAUACAAAUCUUCAACUAAAAUCUCCGAUAGUCUGUCUGUUUGUUUAUUUGCUGACGAAAUUCGCCCAUCUGCUUUGGUCUCUGGCUUUCACCACCUAUGCCCGAGUUCGAACAUGUUCCAGAAAACGCCCUGUUCGAUAAAUACGAGCUCGGCAGGCUCCUGGGUUGUGGCGCCUUCGCCAAGGUUCAUCAUGCCCGUAACGUACGCACUGGACAGAGCGUCGCCAUUAAGGUCAUCCACAAAAGGAAACUUUCCAAUAUCAGCUUGAUGUCCAACGUCAAGCGCGAGAUCUCCAUCAUGAGCUGCUUGAACCAUCCUUACAUCGUCAAGUUGUUCGAGGUUUUGGCUACCAAAACUAAGAUCUAUUUCGUGAUGGAAUUCGUCAAGGGUGGAGAACUGUUCUCUGAGGUUUCUAAAGGAAGGUUCAGCGAAGAUCUCAGCCGUAAAUAUUUCCAGCAGCUCAUCUCGGCCGUUGGUUACUGCCACUCCCGCGGGGUUUUCCACCGUGACUUGAAACCUGAAAACAUACUCCUCGGCGAGAGUGGGAAUUUAAAGGUGUCGGAUUUCGGUCUCAGCGCCGUAACCGAUCAGAUCAGACCCGACGGGCUGUUGCACACCUUGUGUGGUACACCAGCUUACGUGGCACCAGAGAUAUUGACGAAAAAAGGUUACGAUGGAGCUAAGGUGGACGUGUGGUCAUGCGGCAUCAUCCUCUACGUCCUAAACGCGGGUUGCUUACCUUUCAAUGACCCAAAUCUCAUGGUUAUGUACAAAAAGAUCUACAAAGGUGAGUACAGUUGUCCCAAAUGGAUGUCGAGCGGUCUCAAACGCUUCUUGUCUCGGCUUCUGGACACUAAUCCCGAGACGAGAAUCACGAUUCAUGAGAUCCUCAAGGAUCCAUGGUUCAGUAAGGGUGGUUAUGAGGAGCCCAAGUUCCACGUGAAGCAUGACAAGGAUGUGUUUUUACUACAAGUUUCAAGCUUGAAUGCAUUCGAUUUGAUAUCAUUCUCAUCGGGUUUGGAUCUGUCUGGUUUGUUCGAGGACGCGCGUGACUCGGCGAGUGAAUGCGAACACCUUGUAUCGAGAGAGUCUCCCGAGAAAUUGGUGGAGAUGGUGGAAGAGGUUGCCAAGGGCGAGCGGCUGUUGAGGGUGAAGAGAAAGAAAGAAUGGGGCGUUGAAUUAGAAGAAGAAAACGGUAACUACGGGAUAGCGGUUGCAGUUUAUCGGUUAACGGGAGAGCUGGUUGUGGUGGAAGCCAAAAGAACGUGCGGUGAUGCACAACGCUACAGAGAUACAUGGAACAAUAAAAUCAAGCCUGCUCUAUUAAGAUGAUUGAUAUAUUAUAAUGAAUG